AUGUUCAACCCCAUGAAAUCAUACCUUACACUCCGUUCAGAUAUGCCCUUUGGCUUGAGGGUCACCAGGUGUCUCUGUAAACCAGUCAUUCUCCCAGUUCUUAGUUUAUACAUUUUAUUUGACUGGUAUUAUCGAUUUUGGUGUUACUUGUUCAAAGUGUUAACAACCUUAUCCAACCCUUUGAAUGUUUGGAAUUUGAUAUUCUCGAAGAGGGACUACCCUCUAGACCAGUCUGGCGUUAACCAUGAGUCAAGAAUCUCCUGGAUCAAAUACUUGAAUAUUGGUUAUUUGAAUUUAUUCAUGUAUGUGUUCCCUAUUAUUGGCAACUUCUUUUCCCAGAUGAACGAGAUAGUGAAAUAUGAAACCCUUAAAAUCACCAAUUUGAAUGACUACAGUAACUACGUCUUCGACCGGUACUUGGUGAAUGGUAAAAUGGUCUUCGAAAUUGGGUGGUCCAAGUGGCCCAGACCAGCAGGUUAUGAAUACCAAGGCAUUGAACUUGAAGAAAACGAUGGCUACAUGGAAUAUUUGGCCAAAAAAGACAUACCUUAUGAAACUUAUGAGAUAGACCAAAACUCUGUACACCGAGACAGCAUCUCACCAUUAGCUUUGACAUGUCCCUUUGACAAUAGGGGUGUUAAGCGUAAGAGUGAUGCUAGUUUGAGACAUAUCAAAAGACAAGACACAGUUCAGUCUUUGCCUUCGGACUUAUGGCUUGAAAAAGAAACAGACAAGGAUAGGAGGUUUGUCAGUGUUCAACCGUCACCAGGAAUAAAGAAGAAAAUCGAUGUGUUGACAUUACAAGCUAUAUCGACAACGCCAACAGAACCAAUUCCCACCAGACCUAGGAAGACCAUUGAAUUAGAUUUGACCAAGCGUAAUUCCAAGAGUAAGAAGUUACGUUUGAAGAUUAAAAGAAAAUCUAGGGGCCUCAGUGAAGAAGAGCUAUUGUUGAUUAUUGAAGAAAUCAAGAGAGUCAUCCCUCGACCAGGGUAUGAUGAUGGGUCGUUAGCUCCAGUAUUGGUGAGAUUAGCAUGGCAUUGUUGUGCUACUUAUGAUAAAGAAACCAACACCGGAGGAUCUAAUGGUGCCACUAUGAGGUUUAUACCUGAAAUUACCGAUGAAGGUAAUAACGGCUUGGAUAUAGCUAGAGCAGCUUUAGAACCUAUUAAGCAAGCAUACCCAAAUAUCUCAUAUAGUGAUUUAUGGACUUUGGCCGGGAAAGUGGCCAUUGAAAGCAUGAAAGGUCCACACAUUGAGUGGAAGAAAGGAAGAAUUGAUCAUAAAGGUCCUACUAAUGUUCCACCUAACGGUCGAUUACCUUUCGGCGAUAAAGAUGCCAACCAUAUUCGUACGACAUUUGCUCGUAUGGGAUUCAACGACCAAGAAGCUGUGGUGUUAUUAGGAUGUCAUGCCAUUGGUAGGUGUCAUAAGCGAAUUAGUGGAUGGGAAGGGAGAUGGACCCAAGAUCCGUUAAAAUUCUCUAACGAAUUCUUCAAAAACCUUAUUGACCAGCAAUGGACUUUGGGUGCUGUUCCAGAAACGGGGAAAUUACAAUAUUACAACCAUAACAAGCAAUUGAUGAUGCUUAUUACAGACUACCAACUUCUUAGUGAUGAAAGAUUCAUGUUUUGGGUAAGAACAUAUGCUGAUGAUGAAUCCCGAUACUUCAAAGAUUUCAGUACGACAUUUUCCAAAUUGCUUGAAUUGGGAAUGGAUAGAGAUAGCGGGAUCUAA